CCCGGUUUCAUCCAUCCAUCCCACCCCCGCCGUCAAGCCAGCGACUCGCACCCACCACAGGCGCCGAGAUUGGGCGAAUAGCGAGCAAAUACGUCCGCGUUUCACUACCCGCUCCCCCGCCGUCCUCCCCUCCUCACUCCCCGGCGCUGACAGCGGACAAGGCCGAGGUCGCAGCAGAGCAGGCCCGGCCGCCGAGGCUCGACCUGUCCACCCCACCUCCGCAUCCUACCGCGCCUCGCCAGCAGUCCAGAACCCGGGUCCCCUCCGAACCGACCCUGGACAAGGUCGAGGGGAACAGAGAUAGCAGGGAGCCCCGCACCACGACCACAACAACAACAACAGCUGCCAACAUGAACCAUCACCACACGCAGCAGCAGCAGCAGAAAGCCGGCGAGCAGCAGCUCAGUGAGCCGGAGGACAUGGAGAUGGAAGCUGGGGACACAGACGAUCCUCCAAGACUGCCAGCCAACCCUGUGAUCAAUGGUAACGUGGCCAUGCCAGACGGACACAACAACACAGAGGACGACAUGGAAGACGACACUAGCUGGCGGUCAGAGGCGACUUUCCGCUUUGUGGUCGAACGUUUCAGCCGCCUGAGCGAGUCGGUGCUCAGCCCGUCCUGCUUUGUCCGGAACCUUCCAUGGAAGAUAAUGGUGAUGCCGCGCUUCUAUCCAGACCGGCCACACCAGAAGAGCGUGGGCUUCUUCCUACAGUGUAACGCAGAGUCCGACUCAACUUUUGGCCAAAACACUGAAAUGUUAGAUGCAGACAUCACCGCAUGUCCCAGGUCGUGGUCUUGCCAUGCGCAGGCCAUGUUGAAGAUCAUCAACUACAAAGACGAUGAGAAGUCUUUCAGCCGCAGGAUCAGUCACCUGUUCUUCCACAAAGAGAAUGACUGGGGCUUCUCCAACUUCAUGUCCUGGAGUGAUGUGACCGAUCCAGAGAGGGGCUUCGUCGAUGACGACAAAGUCACCUUUGAAGUUUACGUCCAGGCAGAUGCACCACACGGAGUGGCCUGGGACUCUAAGAAACACACAGGCUAUGUUGGACUGAAGAACCAGGGAGCGACUUGCUACAUGAACAGCCUGCUACAGACACUCUUCUUCACCAACCAACUACGACGGGCGGUGUACAUGAUGCCCACAGAGGGAGACGACUCGUCCAAGAGUGUCCCCCUUGCAUUGCAGAGGGUUUUCUACGAGCUGCAACACAGCGACAAACCCGUCGGCACCAAGAAACUCACCAAGUCUUUUGGAUGGGAAACACUAGAUAGCUUCAUGCAACAUGAUGUGCAGGAGCUGUGCAGAGUGCUCCUGGACAAUGUGGAGAAUAAAAUGAAAGGAACUUGUGUUGAGGGAACCAUCCCCAAGCUCUUCAGAGGAAAGAUGGUGUCAUAUAUCCAGUGUAAACAUGUGGACUACCGGUCAGAGCGGAUAGAGGACUACUAUGACAUCCAACUAAGCAUUAAAGGAAAGAAGAACAUCUUUGAGUCGUUCAAAGAUUAUGUUGCGACCGAACAGUUAGACGGAGACAACAAAUACGACGCAGGAGAGCAUGGCCUGCAGGAAGCAGAAAAAGGAGUGAAGUUCCUCACUUUCCCUCCGAUCCUUCAUCUGCAGCUGAUGAGGUUCAUGUAUGACCCACAGACCGACCAGAACAUCAAGAUCAAUGACAGGUUUGAGUUUCCAGAUCAGUUACCUCUGGAUGAGUUCCUUCAGAAGACGGACUCUAAGGACCCGGCCAACUACAUCCUGCAUGCAGUGCUGGUCCACAGCGGGGACAACCAUGGUGGGCACUACGUCGUCUAUCUUAAUCCCAAAGGAGACGGCAAAGUGAGCGUCAAGGAACCAAUCUGGUGCAAGUUUGACGAUGACGUGGUGUCACGAUGCACCAAGGAGGAAGCCAUAGAACACAACUAUGGCGGACACGAUGAUGACCUCUCAGUGCGCCACUGCACCAACGCCUACAUGUUGGUCUACAUCCGAGAGUCAAAGCUCAGUGAGGUGCUCUCGCCGAUGACUGACGUGGACAUCCCCCAGCAGCUGGUGGAGCGUCUGCAGGAGGAGAAAAGGGUCGAGGCCCAGAAGAGGAAGGAGCGUCAGGAGGCCCACCUCUACAUGCAGGUCCAGAUGGUGACAGAAGACCAGUUCUGUGGUCAUCAGGGCAACGACAUGUACGACGAGGAGAAAGUCAAGUACACCGUCUUCAAGGUCCUGAAGAGCUCCACGCUGCAGGAGUUUGUCCAGAACCUCUCCCAGACAAUGGGUUUCCCACAGGACCAGAUGAGGCUGUGGCCCAUGCAGGCCCGGAGCAAUGGAACCAAGCGACCUGCCAUGCUCGACUACGAGGCCGACUGCAACAAGUCGAUGAUCGACUUAAGCGACAACGAGAACCCCUGGACAAUAUUUCUAGAGACGGUGGAUCCGGAGAUGGCCGCCAGCGGGGCCACGUUACCCAAGUUUGAUAAAGACCAUGAUGUCAUGUUAUUCUUGAAGAUGUAUGACCCCAAAACCAGAAGCUUAAAUUAUUGUGGACAUAUCUACACACCUAUAUCCUGCAAAAUAAGAGACCUACUGCCAGUCAUGUGUGAGAGAGCAGGUUUUCAGCAGGAAACAAGCCUUAUCCUCUAUGAGGAAGUAAAGCCCAAUCUAACGGAGCGGAUACAGGACUAUGAUGUCUCUCUUGACAAAGCCCUGGACGAGCUCAUGGAUGGGGACAUCAUUGUCUUCCAGAAGGACGACCCAGAGAACGACAGCAGCGAGCUGCCUACAGCCAAGGACUAUUUCCGGGAUCUGUACCACCGGGUGGACGUCAUUUUCUGCGACAAGACCAUCCACAACGACCCAGGCUUCGUGGUCACACUGUCCAACCGCAUGAACUACUUUCAGGUGGCCAAGACGGUAGCGCAGAGGUUGAACACAGAUCCAAUGCUGCUGCAGUUCUUCAAGUCACAGGGGUACAGGGACGGUCCAGGGAAUCCUCUCAGACACAACUAUGAGGGAACGCUGCGGGACCUGCUGCAAUUCUUCAAGCCUAGACAGCCCAAGAAACUCUACUACCAGCAGUUGAAGAUGAAGAUCACAGACUUUGAGAACAGGAGGAGUUUUAAAUCCAUAUGGCUCAACACCGCGUUCAGAGAGGAGGAGAUCACCCUCUACCCUGACAAACAUGGCUGCGUGCGGGACCUUUUGGAAGAAUGUAAAAAAGCAGUGGAGCUCUCCGAAAAGGGCUCCGACAAGCUCAGGCUGUUAGAGAUAGUAAGCUAUAAAAUCAUCGGGGUUCACCAGGAGGACGAGCUGCUAGAAUGUUUAUCUCCGGCUGCCAGCCGCACCUUCAGAAUAGAGGAGCUUCCUAUGGACCAGGUGGACUUGGACAAGGACAGUGAAAUGUUAAUCCCGGUCGCUCACUUCCACAAAGAGGUCUUUGGGACCUUUGGGAUUCCCUUCUUGCUCAAGAUCAGACAGGGCGAGUCUUUUCGGGACGUGAUGAGGAGGAUCCAGACCAUGCUUGACAUCCAGGAGAAAGAAUUUGAGAAGUUCAAGUUUGCGAUUGUGAUGAUGGGCCGGCAUCAGUACAUCACUGAAGACGAGUACGAGGUCAACCUGAAGGACUUUGAACAGCCAGGUAACAUGUCCCAACCGCGCCCCUGGCUCGGGUUGGAUCAUUUCAACAAAGCUCCAAAGAGAGGUCGCUACACCUACCUGGAGAAAGCAAUCAAGAUCCACAACUAAAGCAGCCCGCCCCCUUCCUCUUUGUCCUCCUCAUCCUCCUCCUGCUCCGCCUUCUUCCCUACCGUCUUUAACACACCAUAACCACAGACUGUAACCAACCGUGUGCGAGAGACUUUGGGCGUGUGUGUGUGUGUGUGUGUGUAUGCGUGCGUGCUCGUGUGUGUUUAUCACUUUUAACACCCUGCCUGGACACCUACAGCUCUACACCGGCACUAUGUCUUCAGCGAAUCGGAACUUGCUGCAACUGACGGAUUAUUCUCCAGCCACAAAAUAAACUGCACCAACCACCUCCCGACUGUUUAUUUGGUUGUUUGUUUUAGUUUCUUUUCUUUCCUUCUUUUUUUUAAUCGUCUCCGUCUCCGUUCGAGCCCGUUUGGUUGCUUUUCUUCCGGCUUCUCCACCUGUUGACUGCCUGCUUUUUUUGUUGCCUGUCUGGAAGUAGAGGAAAUAGAUUUUAAUGAUAUAAGCGGAGAGGGGAGAGGAAGUGGAACAUAGUGAGUUUGUGUGUGUGGAGGUGUGAUAUGAUUUAAAUAAUAUACACCCUCAUGCGAUGAACUUCUAGACUCAAUGUUUUUCUUUUCUUUUCCUGAUCCCACCUCACUCACAGGCUUUUUUUCCCGCUCCCCCCCCACACCAUCAGUUUUUUUGGGGGGGGGGUUGUUUUUAAAUAAAGACGUGUUUGAAGAGGCAUCACGCUGCAGUGGGUAGAGUUUGAUAAAAAGGAUGUUUGCAAGGACUAACUGACAGUAAAAAAAAAAAAAAAAAAAAUACAAAAAAGAGGGAGAGGUCCAAAGUUCAUUCUGCGGAAGAAUCUUUUUGCAAAAAAAAACCAACAAAAAAAACAACCCUGCUGCGAUCUGACGUCCAUCCCGAGGUUCACUAGUUGCCCUGAUGUGGUUCUUUUUAUUUCCUGCUCCCUUUUUUUUUUUUAGUGCUACAGAAACAAGUAUUUCUAGGUUUAAACACACUUUCUAUGUUACCGAGUUCGGUUGGAGGAAAAAAGUUCAUUUUCUUUUUGUUUCUUUCUGCAGAGCUUGUAUAAUAACAUAAGAAAAUCCACAGCAUCUGUUUGAAAAAUAAAUUGGGGGGAAAAACGAAAAAGGAGAAAUUUGUCUGUAUUUCAUCUUGCACGUUGUUGGCACUUAACGUCAGAGGUUUCUCAGGACUGGAAAGAAAAAAAUGUACACAAUCGAUUUGUUCAGCGACUUUAAAUGAAAACACACACACGCAACAGACAACCUCCUCGGCUUCUUCUUUCCUUUGUUUUGUAUUUUUUGUGGUGCAAAGGUGUUUCAUGUCUUUCUCAGUCAUUCCUCUGAACACACACAAGCAAGCUUCACCUUCUCCCCCCCACCCCCCUGCCCGUUCGUCACCCUUGGUCGAAACUGUCGCCCCCACGUGGUUGGGAGCAGUAACCGCGCUGUGCUUGGUAGGGAGCUGCAGACACUUAGAGCCCCACAGGUUUGAGGAUUGUGUAGAGACAAAAAACCAGCAUUGUAAGAAACACUUUAAGCCCUGCGAAUUUAUUUUCUCUCUGUUGGUUUUUCUUAUUUUUUGGGUUUCUUUUAAAGCACAGAUGGAAUGCUCCCCUAAUAGCGUAUAGCUGGCUCUGUAAAGACAACAUUUAAGAAUUGUAUAUUUAAAAAAUAUGAACGUGUAAAAUUUAAGAGAAACACACCUUUGUUGUUGGGUACAGAAGGAGCCAGGUGUUCAUAUUUCUUGUGUGUAGGUUUUUUCUUUUUCUUUAUUUUGCGUUCCUGAUGUACCAUUGAUGAUUAUGAUUUUUUUUUGUUACAUUUGGAUUUUUUCUUUUCAAAACUAACUGCAUUGGUUUUGUCUUGUUAAAAAAAAAAGUUCAGUACAAAGAUGACCUGCAGAAUCACACCUUAAUUUGAUCUUUUCCAGUUUAAAACUCCUCAGUGUAGCAGCAGUGUACGACAACUAUUCCUGUAUAUUGCCUUUUUGCUGGAAAAUGUAUGUUGAAUAAAAUUUUCUAUAAAAACAAAA